AAUAAAAAAAUUUCUGUGUAUUACCUCUGGAUAAUUAGAAAUAUUUUUUUCAAGAUAUUUUAACUUUCCAGAAAGUUCUUUUGAGUUUUUGUUUGCUAAUAUUUCUUGGUUGUGUGGUACUGUCUUGCUAGUUUAUGUUAAAGUGAGGAUGAAGAACUGGAAAAAGGAUACGCAAUGAUCAAGUUUCUACAUUAUACCAUAUUUUUCGUACUUGUGAACGAAGGCGUGUACGGUCAUACUUAAGUUGAAAAGGUAAUCAGCGUUAAAUAUUUUUCUAAAACAUCUACUAACCAAACAGAAGUAAAAUUUGGUGCAGAAUGCCGCCAGUUAAUGAUGCAAGGAUUGGAUAUAUUAGCGGAUGCUGUGGCACUUACUUUAGGCCCAAAGGGACGCAACGUGAUUUUGGAACAGUACAACAGGCCACCAAAAAUUACAAAGGAUGGUGUGACUGUUUCCGAGAGUAUAGACUUGAAGAACAGGUUCCAGAACAUUGGUGUUAAGUUACUUCAAGAAGUUGCAAAAAACACUAAUAAAAAGGCUGGCGAUGGGACUUCUACUGCCACUGUGUUAGCACGGAGUAUAGCCAAAGAAGGCCUCAACCGGUUUUCUCUUGGUUGCAACCCAAUUUUUUUGAAAAAAGGAGUGGAUAGAGCUGUAGAAGUAAUAGAAAAGAAGUUGGAGGAAAUUUCAAAACCUGUCUUGACUCAAGAUGAAAUAGCCCAAAUCGCUACUAUAUCAGCUAACGGUGAUAAAGAUAUUGGCCAACUAAUAGCAGAUGCAAUGUUCAAAGUUGGUCGACAUGGGGUGAUAAUGAUAAAUGCUGGAAGAAUGAUAAAGGAUAAAAUUGAAGUUACAAAAGGAAUGAAAUUUGACAAAGGCUAUAUCUCUCCUUAUUUUGUCAACACGAAAAAGAGUGCCAAAGUGGAAUACCGCAACCCUUAUAUCCUUUUUUGUGAACACAAGAUAUCAGAAGCAAAGCCUCUGGUUAAAGCUCUUGAAAUAGCAUUGUCAAGAAAAAAGCCCUUGGUCAUAAUUGCUGAAGAUAUUGAAGGGGACGCCCUCACAACAUUAGUCAUUAAUCGGAUCCGGAUCGGAUUGGAAGUGUGUGCAGUAAAGUCCCCAGGUUUUGGAGAAGUAAGAACAGAAAUUCUCAAAGAUAUGGCUAUACUUACAGGAGGAGAAGUAAUUGGAGAUGAAGCUGGAAUUUUUCUGGAUGAAGUAGCUGCGGAACACUUUGGUCAAGCUAGUGAGGUUAUUGUAACUAAAAGUGAAACAUUUAUUAUUAAGGGGAAAGGUUUGUUACCUGCCAUCAAUCAGCGCAUUGCUCACGUAGAUCUACUUAUUUCUCGAGCUAAGAAUGAUUUCAUUAAGGAAGGUCUUGAGGAAAGAAAAGCAAGGCUUGACUCUGGAGUGGCCAUUAUUUAUGCUGGAGGUUAUUCUGAGUGGGAUGUUAGUGAAAAAAAAGAUCGCAUGACAGAUGCAUUGAACGCUACCAAGGCUGCUGUUGCUGAGGGCAUAGUUGCAGGUGGUGGAACUGCUUUGUUGAGGUGUUUGCCUGCUGUCAAAGAAAUAGAAACUGAUUGUCCUGAUGAGCAAUUAGGAAUUGAUAUUGUUGCAAAUGCAUUGAAAGUUCCUUGCUACACAAUUGCUAAAAACGCCGGUAUUGAAGGUUCUGUUGUUGUGAAUGAGGUUGUAAAGUCUGCAUUGAGGACAGCUGCAGCGAUUGCUACACUCUUUACUACAACUGAAGCAGUUAUUGCUGAUACAGGAGAGAAGAAACAAGACUACGAAGAAAUAGAAGAAGACGAUUCUCAAAAUCAGCCCCCCAUUCCUUUAUAUAGAUCUCUACCAUACAUCCCUUUACUUUCGGAUAGAAUUCAAAAAUCUUUACGUUCCUCUAUUCCCAACCUGCGAGUUGCUUUUAAAAACUAUAACAAACUUGCCAAUAUUUACUCCAACCUAAAAGACCCCAUCCCUCCGCAACACCGCUCUAAUAUCGUAUACCGCAUUCCUUGCUCUACCACCAAUUGUAACUCCGCCUAUAUUGGAGAAACCAAAAACCAACUUAAAGACCGCAUCAAACAACACAAAUACUCAAUUACUUCUAAGAACUCUACUGCUUCUAAACUCUCUGAACACGCCUUAACCUCAAACCACACAUUUGACUUUGACAAUACCUCCAUUCUUGCCACAGUACCUAACCACGACAAAAGACUACUUACGGAAAGUGUUUUCAUUCAAUUAGACUACAAACCACUUAACUUAAAAACCGACAAGCAAAAUCUAUCACUCGCCUACUCCCAAAUCAUCAACAUUUUAAAAAAGUCUCGAUCAUAA